AUGGCACAAAACAGACGCCACCUUAACGACAAUUCGUCUUUGGACUCGUCGCAAGAUACCUUCAAGGGCUUGCCUGUUGGCAGCAUCAGACUCUCGGGAGAGACAAACGAAUAUGUGAUUGUGGGCGACAAAAAGUACCCUACCCAUGAAUUCAUGAGAGCGUUCGGUGGAAUGUUGUUCAACCAGCCUAUUCCUCCGCAGGCAUGGAAUUUCGGUAAUCCAGCAUCGCUCGGUUUGAGUGCGUUUGCCAUGACGACCUUUGUGUUGUCCAUGGUCAAUGCUGGAGUAUUGAACAUUCAUAAGCCACAGAUCGUCUUGGGCCUUUCGUGUUUCUACGGAGGCGCAGUGCAAUUUGCUGCGGGAAUCUGGGAGUUUUUCUUGGGAAACACUUUCGGUUCGGUGGCCUUGACACUGUACGGUGCCUUCUGGUUGGCGUACUCAUCGCUUUUCUUCGAGGCAUUUGGUGUUGCUGCUGCCUACAAGGGCCACGAAGACCAGAUGCGGAACGCCAUUGGUUUUUUCUUGCUCGGCUGGACGCUUUUCUCAUUUAUGCUUUUCCUUGUCACGCUCAAAUCCACGGUUCCGUUCAUGUCGCUUUUCAUUACUUUGGUGAUUACCUUUAUCUUCUUGACCUCCGGUGAGCUUGCCAAUAACAAGACAUUGACCAAAGUUGGAGGAAUAUUUGGAAUCAUUACAUCAUUCAUUGCGUGGUAUAAUGCCUGGGCUGGUGUGGCCACCAGGCAGAACUCAUACUUCACCUACUACCAAAUGCCUCUUGUGAAGAGGGACUAA